AUGAAGAAGCAAGGACAACAGAAUGCUGCUUUCAUUGGAGAUGAUGGCCAUGUGACUACUGAUUUUCAACAUCCCACAAGAGGUGACGAUAACAAGUAUGAAGACAAUUCCUUCAGCUUUAAUUAUGAAAUUCAGGAGGAUCGCAAAUUGCCACUUUCCUUGUCGCUAUCGGAGGAAACAUCUAUUAAUGAAAACGAAGUGGAGAGAGCUACUUGGGGUAAUGGAUUGGAAUUCUUGAUGUCCUGCAUCGCCAUGUCCAUAGGUCUUGGCAACGUUUGGCGAUUUCCAUUCACAGCUUACGAAAAUGGCGGAGGAGUAUUUUUAAUACCUUACAUUAUCGUUCUAUUUCUUGUUGGAAAGCCGUUUUAUUAUUUGGAGAUGAUCAUGGGACAGUUCUGCAGCAGAUCUUCAGUAAAAAUGUGGGCAGCAGCACCUGGACUUCGAGGAGUCGGCUGGGCUCAGAUGUUCUCCAUGCUCGCGGUAGGGACCUAUUAUUGUUCAUUGAUGUCGAUAACACUGUACUACCUAAUUGGAAGCUUCCAAUCCCAUCUUCCAUGGUCCACGUGUUUGGAAGAAUGGGGAAAUUCUUGCGUCAAUUCAGAAGGCUCUUAUAACAUAACCGAACGAAAUGGCACCAAUAUGAUAAGUUCCGCUGAACUUUAUUUUAGAAAAAUCGUGUUGAAAGAAAAACAAGAUAUCAACGAUGGUAUUGGGCUGCCAGAUUGGAGGCUAACGAUUUGCCUGCUCGUCGCGUGGGGCUGCAUAUUUGCUGUCUUAGCACGUGGCGUGAAGAGUUCAGGGAAAGCGGCCUAUUUCCUCGCGAUCUUUCCUUACAUCAUCAUGAUAAGUUUGCUGAUCAGAGCGGUAACCCUGGACGGUGCCGUGAACGGGAUCAUUUUCUUCAUCAAACCGAAUUGGGGGAAGCUGUUCGAUGCGCAAGUCUGGUACGCGGCUGUUACACAGUGCUUCUUUUCACUGUCGGUGUGCUUCGGUGGUGUCGUCAUGUACUCGUCAUACAAUGACUUCAGACACAAUAUAUACAGAGACGUCAUAGUUGUAACUACGUUGGAUACAUUCACCAGUUUAAUAGCUGGUUUCACCAUUUUUGGUAUCCUUGGAAAUUUAGCUCACGAACUGGACACUGAGGACAUCAGCAAUGUUGUACGUGGUGGAACCGGUCUUGCUUUCGUCUCUUAUCCAGAUGCCAUAGCGAAGUUUACUGUUCUACCGCAAGUAUUUUCAGUGCUCUUCUUUCUGAUGCUAUAUGUACUCGGCAUCGGGAGCGCCAUCGCGCUAGCUGGGGCGCUUAUCACCAUUAUCAGCGAUCAAUUUCCAAAUUUGGAUCACUUGUAUAUCGUGCUUGGCACAGUUACUUUCGGAUUUGGUGCCGGUGUUAUUUACUGCACACCUGGUGGUCAGUUCAUGCUGGAAUUAGUCGACUAUUAUGCAGGUUCCUUCAUAGUGUUCAUCUUAGCCACACUGGAAAUAACAGGUGUUUUUUGGGUGUACGGUUUAGAGAAUUUCUUGGACGACGUGGAAUACAUGUUAAAAAGAAGACCAUCCUCUUACUGGAGGUUCUGUUGGGGUGUUGGUACUCCCCUUUUACUGGCUGUAAUUCUAAUUUAUACCUUAGUCACUCUGAAACCCUUGACUUACAGCGGUAUCUCCUAUCCUGACAGUGCACAUGCUGCUGGAUGGACCAUUUGUGCCUUCGGUAUCCUACAAAUUCCCUUUUGGAUGAUUUACACUAUGGUCUCUAAGAGAAAUUUAGACUCGUUUGAAAUGAUUAAGUCAGCCUUCACACCGUCGUCGGACUGGGGACCGAAGAAUUCCAAGGAGCUGGCCUCCUGGCGCGAAUUUAAGGAAACCAAGAGGAAAAUACGAGAAAAACGGGAUUGUUCUAAAAUUAAACAGUUCAUCUAUGUGAUACUCUGUUGGGAGGAUAAGCUCGUGUGAUGAAAAGAAAAGGAACACUUCCCUCGUUUGUCGUAAAAAGAGAAUUGACGAGUCCUUAACCCCUUUGCUGUUACGAAACCAUAUAAGAGUUUCAGUGUGGACCAGUAUUACGUAGAUCAGUAUUAUGUCACUGGAUACUUUCUUAUAUAAUCUUUGGAAUUUCUCACUGAAGUAACUUAAUGUACAGGGUGUCUCAUUUUAAACAAAACGUAAUUAAACAGGUGAUAUCAAGAAACGUUCCAAACAGGAAUGUCUAGUAGGAGCAUAGUCUUCGUUUCUAGGUGUAUGCGCUUAUCAAAGUGAUCUACAUAUAGUGAUCUUUGAUUUUUAAAGUGAAAUUAUAUAUUUCGCUGUAACUAUCAAUUUAUAAUGCGAGGUUUUAUCAAAAGUAGUUAUAUAUUUUUCUAAUUUCAAAAGCAAAGAGUUUGAGACUAACCAUUUUGUCUUAUUUGGUAGUUCUAGUGUUAAUUGUAGUCUACUACAUUUGAGUGUGACGCGCUUUUUGAUAUUAUCAAUAACUCAAACAAUACUCGAGUUUGUUAAUUAAGAAAGCACACUCUGUACGAUUGGAGUUACAUGUCUAAAAAUUAAAAAUAUGUUUAACCCACCGCUGUCUGUAUGGCACCUAUGAUUUUAAUUCUAUCUCACGAUAGUUUUACAAAGUAGAAUAAAUUAGUCUAUUACUUACAGCAUUUACCAUCAUAUUGACCACAUGAUUUACAAGCUUCCUAAUUAAUAAAAUAAAUUUUUAUUUCAUUCAAGACCAAAAGGAUUAAAACGACGAUCGAGUGAAAUAAUAUUACGAGAAAUAAUUAACAAUGUGGAGGUGGUAUCGGAUAUUCGUCGUUCUCAAACGAAACAAACUUCCUUCCAGCAUCGUAAAAAGCAGUAUUAGAUUAUAGUAAAGAAACAAAGCCUGAAGAUUAAAGUUCAGAAAUUAAUUUCUGUGACUCAGAUACUGUAACUACCCCUAGAAAGCAUUUGAAUGAACGCUACUUACUAAUGUUUUAACAUACGCGCAGCAGACGUAAGGACAGCGUUUGAUAUUUCUUAAUAAAAAGUAUUUAUAGUUUUCUCAUUUUUAUAACGAUCACAAAUUGUUAAUCCAUCUAGAAUAGUUUCGUGCAGCUGUCAACAUUCGUUAAUCGUGAAAUUUUAUUGUCUUUCGUUUAUAAAAAUCUCCAAUCAUCGAACA